CGGCCGCUUUGGUGUACCGUGCAUGGCGGUGAGGCUGCUGCAGACGCACGACGUGUCGGACCUCUGCAUUGGCAAGCCGCCGCUCCGGUGGCUGCCGCCGACCUCCACCGUUGCGGACGCCGCCGCCGAGCUCGAGGGCGCGGCCGCCGUCGCGGUCUGGGACGGCGACGAGGCGUCGGACGUGGCCGGCAGGGUGUGCAUGGCCGACGUGCUGCCCUUCCUCUGCGCCGCCGCGAACCUGGCGUCCCCGGCCGCCGCGCUCCAGGCCUCGCUCUCCGACCUGCUCGCGGCCGCCGCGCCGCCGCCCGUCCGCCGCAUCGAGCCCGACGCGAGGUUGCACGUGUACCUUUCCCUGCACCGCCACGUACGCCGCAACGCGUCCGGCUGAAUAUUCGUGCUCAUCCGGUUCUUGAAUCUUGAUUCCAUCGUUUUGGUCAAUGUGUUGUGAUCUGGGCCGCAGUGUGCUGGAGGCGGUGGACUCGUUCCUCGGCGGCGCGCACUGCCUCGUGGUGCCGCUCCGGGAGCGCUGGCGGCGCGCCGGAAGCGCCGAGCUGAGCCUGUGCUGGCUCACGGUGGAGGACGUGGCGCGCUUCUUCCUGAGCUCCAUCGGGCUCUUCUCCCCGACCGCCUCCCGCUCCAUCACCGAGCUCGGCGUCGUCCGCCCCGCCACCCUCGCCGUCGUCGCCGGGGACAGAGCGCUCUCCACCCUGCCGCUCCUUCGCGACGCGAUGGCGUCGCACACCGCCGUUGCCGUGGUUCCUUCCUUGAUCCCCCGCCGCCGCCUCGUCGGCGAGAUCUCGCCGUCCGCUCUCUGCUCCUGCGGGGUGUCCGCGGCGGCCGCCAUCGCGGCGCUCUCGGCCGGCGAUCUCCUGGGCUUCAUCGGCCGGGGCGGCGCCCCGCCCGAGGCCGCGCUCCACGCCGUCCGCUCCCGCCUCCGCCGGCGCAACCUCAUCGGCAUGCUCGACCUCCUCUACGGCGUCGACCCCUCGUCGUCAUCUUCGUCCUCCGCCUCGUCCUCGUCGUCCUCUUCGUCCGACGAUGACGACGACGAUGAGAGGAGCUGCCUAGCGUCGCCGUGCUCGAGGGGAAGCGAUCGCGGUUUGUUCUCUGGGGCGCGCGCCACUGGGAGGCGUGCGGCGGAGGAGGCGAUCGUGUGCCGCAGGGGGAGCUCGCUGGUGGCGGUGAUGGUGCAGGCGAUGGCGCACCGCGCGACGCACGUGUGGGUGGUGGACGAACGGGAGGGGGAGGAGCGCGAGCUGGUGGGCGUCGUCGGCCUGCCGGACGUGCUGCGGGUGCUGAGGUACCACCUGCAGCAGCCUCUCCUUCCUCCCAUUAGCGGCCAACCAGAUGGGCACAUGAAUCAGGCAGGGGGUUUGUAGCAAUUCUCAACUCGAUCAGAGUGUGCGAGGAUGGCAAUUCGCUGCUGAUCCGAGGGUGUAAAUCAGCAAAAUCAGAGAAAAUUAAUCAUUUUGUUGACACUUG